AUGUCGAAAACGUCGACCAAUAGGCAUUCUAGACUUGUGGUUCUCUGGCCUUGAACUAACUCCCCCCGGCGCGCUCCUCACUGGGCCCGGGCGAUGUGUUUCGGUUUCGUUGCGCUCUCUUGAGAUGACGGAUGUGUCGAGAUUCUAUCACGAUGUGAUCGAUGAUGUGAUAAAUGGAGUGAAGGAUGAAUGGGUUGAGGAAGGCUUGGAUCUUCAGGUUUUGGACGAACUUCGAAAAUUGUGGACAACAAAGCUUGCGGAGACUCAUGUUUUCGAUCCAGAACCUACGACGAACACCGCUGCACAAUACCUAAACCUUAUACAACGUUCUCAACUGCAACUUCGCUCAGCGGCGCCUGUUGCCAUUGGCCAUUCAAAUAUUGCCCUUCCGGUCCGCCCCCUAAACCCCACAGGUUUACCGGGUUCGCUAGCAACUCUUCGCCCUACUGUGGCGCGGCCAGUGACAGAGCGUCCACAACUUCAUCCAACCAUUCAGUCGUCGACUCAGGUUCAGCGCAUGCAACCCCAACACACCACAAUCAUGCACGGAAAUCUUGUGGGUAAUGUCCCCGGUGUUGUUGGUGUCAGCGCACCAGCCGGUGCUCAAGUCCAUAUGCAACCGCCUCGAGCAGGGAUUCCCACUGCUAUCCAGUCGGGGACCGCGCCACAAAUUGCUGCCCUUCCAUCUGGAUUGACUGGUCAUCUCGUUCAGAUUGGUCAACAAACCUACCUAGUUCCUCAAACUUUAGUCGGACUGCGACAACCAACCGGGACUUCACAACUUUCCAUUCCCCACUUUGUUGGUGCUCCUGGUCCCACAGCAACCACCCUGGCAACAUCGGUCGCCACUGAUCAUUCAAGCUUCCCACAGACCCAGGUGGAUGGUGGUCACGACUCUGAGGAGAGCAAAUACUGCGAUACCCCUAGUUCUCAUCAUCCCACCCCUGGAGGUGUCGGCCAACAUUCGGGUCAGCCAGGUACAGACCGUUCGGUGCAUCCCUCAGACCUAGAAGAUGAUGAUGACGAAGAUGAUGAUGAUUUCGUUGCUGCCACACCCGGAUUCACUCCUUCUUCUGUUCGUUCCCACUAUCCCCCACACUCCCGUGACAUAAUUUCUGCCAGUGGUCCACGUCGUGAAUCAAUGAAUACUGGAACAACCAUGAACAGUGGUCCGUCCACUCCUGCGACCCCACUUUCAGUCGCUCCGCGUACUCCAUUCGACGGAACCCCUGGAUGGCGGCGCCCGGGUCGAAAUACUCCGGGUGAUCGUAGUUCGGGAACUCCGGCUCAUAAACGUCGUCGACGGUCAUCCUAUCAAGGAGCUGACACGGACACGGAAGUAGAUGACUAUGAGGAAGAUGAAGAUGGCUCCGAUGUCGGAGAAGAAGUGGAACUUAUGACCAAUGUUACUAUGACGCCGGCUGCUCAUGGUGGGGAAUUGGAGGAAGAAGACGAUGGCCAUGCGAUCAAGCCUCGUCGACGUGCCAAACGAUCCGAUGCCAACGCCCGUCAGGCGCAUUUGGAUGCUAACCGUCUGGCGUCGGACAAUCUCCUGUCACCGGGCUCACUCUUGGGCGACGCUCCCCCUGAACCACCGGAACCCGUUGGAGACAGUAGCUUACCACAUGGUGAUGAAGAUGAGGAGGAAGAGGAAGAGGAGGAUGAACCAGUGACGAAGAACCGGAGUUUCCUCAUUUCACGUGACUGCAUCCACGAAAACACAAUGCGUCCCGGCACAACAGCUCUGUUCGCUUCAUCCGUUCGCCCCGGACGCCUGAAUGACAGAAUAUUACACCUAGUCCAAGAACGAUUGAAGAGUCGAGAUCAUAUUGUGAAGGUUGUGGAUCCAUUGAAUAUCCACCUCCCACUGCUUCAGAUCCCAUGGGGGUUCUAUUCCGACCCGGAAAAUCAAGCUCCGAAGGAAUUGGCCGACUUGGUACACCUCGUAUCACAAGUCGAUCGCAUUAUUGUCACGACUUGUGAAUACAACUCUGCUAUCCCACCAGCUUUGUCCAACCUACUCGAUCAUUUACCCCAUUCCGCAUUGGCUUACAAGCCAGCAGGCAUUAUAGCCUAUACAACUGGUAAGUUUGAAUUGAUUGAUCAAUAUUGCCCUUACGACUGCCGGUCUCUAUGCGAGAUCUAUGCGUGCUUUAACUCCGAACGGAGGGCAAAGUUCACCGAUGUGGUGCAGCCUCGACCAGAGGCCUGCCUUUUCUAUUACAUAAACGUCACGGAUGCAUGCGAACUGAAGUCCUCACCACGCGCGCAAGCCAAGGCAAUGUGCGAACGAACUCAGAAAAGUUCAGCCGAUUGCAACGAGCCCACUGUGCUAGGACUCAUCGAAACUCGAUCAAGCAA